ACCAGGAGAGCAGAGGGAGAGGAUACUACACCCGGUAAAACCAGGAGAGCAGAGGGAGAGGAUACUACACCCGGUAAAACCAGGAGGGCAGAGGGAGAGGACACUACACCUGGUAAAACCGGGAGAGGACACUACACUGUAGAUUUCCACUUACAGGCUGAACUGUUCCUCCAUUCCUGCUUCAAAAUGAUGGGCUGUAUUACAGACUUCUUCACUUAUGGGACGACCAAGUCUGUGGUGGUGAAAAGCUGGACCAUCGGCAUCAUCAAUCGGGUCGUACAGCUUCUCAUCAUCAUCUACUUCAUCGGGUGGGUGUUCGUGCAUGAGAAGGCGUACCAGGUGAGAGACACUGCCAUCGAGUCCUCAGUAAUGACCAAGGUGAAGGGCUUUGGCGUCUACAACAACAGGGUCAUGGAUGUGGCGGAUUAUGUCACACCUACACAGGGUGCAUCUGUGUUCUGCAUUAUUACUAAACUCAUAACCACGGAGAACCAGAUUCAGGGCGUCUGUCCUGAGAGUGAGAAGAAGUACAGCUGUACAAGUGACAAUGACUGCAAGAAGAAAAAGGAGAAACCAGGAGGAAACGGUCUGAUGACAGGCAGGUGUGUCACCUUCAACAGCUCCUUAAAAACCUGUGAGAUCACAGGCUGGUGUCCUGCUGAGAUUGACUACAUUGAAACAGAGCCCAUGAUGGAGGUUGAAAAUUUCACCAUCUUCAUCAAGAACAGCAUCCGUUUCCCGCUUUUUAACUUCACCAAGGGUAAUUUCCUACCCACCAUAACUCCAUCUUACAUAAAGAAGUGCAACUUCGACACAGUGAACAACACCUACUGCCCCAUCUUCAGGGUAGGAGAUGUGAUACGAUUUGCCCACCAGAACUUCUCCACCCUCGCCAAGAAGGGAGGAGUGAUUGGUAUAAAGAUCGGGUGGAUGUGCGAUCUGGAUAAGUCAGAGGAGAGCUGUAAUCCCUCCUACUCCUUCACACGCCUUGACGCCGUCUCUGAGAAAAACAACGUAUCUCCAGGAUACAACUUCAGGUAUGCCAAAUACUACAAGAUGGAGAACGGGACAGAAUACCGCACACUUCUCAAGGCUUAUGCAAUCAGGUUCGAUGUGCUAGUCAACGGCAACGCUGGGAAGUUCAACAUGAUCCCAACUCUCAUCAACAUGGUAGCUGCCUUCACUUCUGUUGGAGUGGGUACGGUUCUUUGUGACAUCAUUCUUCUGAACUUCCUGAAGGGGGCAGAACAAUACAAGGCCAAGAAAUUUGAAGAGGUGUCUGAAUCUCAGAUCAUGGCCAAUGUCUCUCACAGCAACGGACGUUAUCGAAGCAGCUGUAGUCAGCAGUCAGUCAAACUGGAAGAGAAGCUGUCCAAUGACUCAGGGGCUUUUUCCAUUGGACAGUAAUGCUGAUAGACAGGACCACACAGCAAAUGGGGAAGGGGAAGAGAGGAACUCUUUCAUAAAUAUAUAAAAAUCACAUCUGAUAUGUAAUCCAAACAUUUUUCUCACUGUGAUUGUGUCUCUGCUGACCUUCUUUGCAUGGCUGUAUAUCCUUCCCCUUUUCCACUGUCCCAUUGGAGCAGAGCCUGGGCCACGCUGGCUGCAGAACUGUUUGUGGCACAGCCUGAUUUCCUGCCCCACUGGCACAACUCCCCUUCUAAACAGACUGGAGUGGGUGGAGCUUUUGCAUGCGUAGUGAAUGGCCAUUGCUAGCCGAUGCUGUUGUGUGCUGUGGAUUGUCAUCAGCUAGCUACAAGUGAGCGUGACUGCUGCAACACUGAAGACCAUAGCUAACCAUCUGUAAUGUGUGCAGACAUUGCAUUCAAUCAAAGUCAGUCAGCUUUUACAUAAAAUGUUAAUUUUUUGCAAGUUUGCUAAUUAUCUACACAUUAUUAUUAUUAUUAUUACUGAGAGGAAAAGAUUUAAAAAUUGGCCUACCAUGGUGUGGUAUAGCUCUAAGUGGAAAAGUUUAAAAAACUGGCCUACCAUGGUGUGUAUAGCUCUAAUGAGAUAAUGGAAAAGGAGUAUCUCUGUCCACUACAUUGAUAUAACGCUGCUCUUUGCUUUGCAUGUAAGACAUAAUUGGUCCAGAUGUGUCACAUGAGACAUCUGAGCCAAUCAAAGGCCAGUGUGAUCCCCUUCUGAUGAAACAGGCACCUUACCCUUCUCUACCUGUUUUUUUGAAUGCAGGAGUCACAUAUUAAUUUCACCUUGUUUGCUACUAAUAACAACAGUCAAGGAGACUAGAGAUUUUAAACUAGUGUGUAUUACUCAUAGUUAUGUAUGUUUCUAAAAUUUGACAGAUUUAACAGAAACUUUAGUUACUUUAAUAAGAAUGGUCAUAAAAUAUCAUGGUGACUUUAUCUCAAUGCUUCUAAACCAGGCAUCCCCCCCCCACACACACCCACACCCAAGAUGAUCCAACACACCCACGCUAAACCGUUACUCAGUUCAUUAUGGGGCUGCUAUGCAGAUGUUAGCCUGUAAUUCCUGGUAUAGGACAUUACAUAUGAUACAGAUCUCUUUCCCCGUGUAUUAAUACUGUAAUACUGCACUGGCCAUCAAUGUCACACAAAAUAAAUGUGUCUCUGAC